UGGAGAGGUACACGACCUUGGUUGAAUAAAGACAAUCAAGGGUCCUUUCAGAAGUCGGCAAUUAAUGUUUAUCUAUUCGGAGACAAUGGGCCCCUGUUUCCAUUUUCCUUCUAUAUUUCAUUCUAGACUAGACCCGAAUCACGCUACAAUUAUGCUCUAUAAAAAAGACAGCCCAACUUGGUGAUAUCUUCCUGAGCAUCAGGUAUAUCCAAUAAUCUCCCUCAUGGGAGACCGCUCCUUUAACACGCGCUUCGUGAUACGUAUAGGCACACAAUACAGUGGUCAGCUAUCAAGUCUCGUGUUACGACAUUGUUCUCGAAGAGUUCUAUACAAUGAUAAUGGCACUCAUGACAACAGCGGCAAGCAGUGCCAGUCUCCAACUGUGAACUUGCCCAUCUAGCUAGCAUCCAUCUUUCUCUCCGAAAAAAACCAUCAACAUGAAGCUUCCAACUCCUUCUGCGUUGCCCCAUCUAUCACGGCCAACAGUCCCAGGUCUGUGGGCCCAGAUAACGAAUCAACAACCAGGAUUUGUGCAAAAAAACCACAUUCUCAUGAUACCACAGAGCAAGGACCUUGCUGACCUCGAUCGAUAACUCAGCUAAGGGGCUCUACUAAACAGAAAAUACUACGUUAAAAAGCCAUGGCAUCCGCACCACAGAUCCCACCCAUACCCAUCUCCCCAAGCAUCUUCCAAACCACACACAGCGCCUUGGCCUUCAAGAUGGCCUCCGAUUUCGAGAAACAAAGCUACUGGCACAAGCGCUUCUCGUCCGAAAAAGCCUUCGAAUGGCUUCUUCCGUCGGCCGAUUUCAUGCCGCUCGUCAAGCCCGUUCUCGACCGGCUUGACCCGGCCACGGCCCGCAUCCUCCACAUUGGCUUCGGGACGAGCGACCUGCAGAAUCAUUUCCGGUCGCGGGGCUUCCGCGAUAUUCUCAACGUCGACUAUGAACCACUCGCUAUUGAUCGGGGUCGCGAUCUCGAAGAGCAAGCUUUUGGAGACAUCCAAAUGCGAUAUGAUGUGCAGGAUGCUACACAACUAGAUCUGUGCGAAAAGUUUGAUCUUAUCGUUGACAAAAGUACGGUCGAUGCGAUUUCAUGUGGUGGUGAAAUGGCGCUGCGGCGGAUGGCUGCUGGCAUAAAGCGUUGUCUUGCAGAUGGUGGCGUUUGGAUCUCAUUCAGUUAUUCAGCCUACCGAUUUGACCUGGAUCACUUUCCAUUCGACGUUGAGGUCCUUGCCAAAGUCUUGACUCAGAAAACGUUGCCGAAUGAUCCAGAUAUAUACCACUGGUGUUAUCUUCUUCGGCCAAAAGCAGAUACGGCUCCGGGUUCCCAUAUAAGUACGGACGACAACCCUGCGGGAGAAGGCUGAGACGACACUGUGCUUAUCAAAUGAAAAAUGGCUAUAAAAUUCAGUCCUUGGAUGAAGUCCCAUUGUAUAGAAUAUUCAACUUCAAUCUGAUGAUGCACCAGCUGGCUGGGUAGUUCUCGUUCGUCCCUGAUUGGACAACUCGCAGUUCUUAGACCUUCUUACCUGUAAAUAGGCAUUAUUAAUAAUGGGAUUAAUUAAGACUUGAUACUCUUUUGUGAAAUGCCUACAAACUAUU